AUGAUAAUAGUACUAGUGACAAAAUUACUGAAAAUGUCGCUGGUUGACGCCAGUGCUGUUGUGGCUUGGUUGUUCAGUGAUGAAAUGAAACCUGAAUUUGAACGAUUAUGGAUUUGGGAAGUACUGAACAGAGCCCUCGAACAUGUCAGUGGACAUGUUCGUCGAAGUAGACAAGCAAUCGAAAACUCAAAAUUGGAAAAAGAGCAGAAAGAAUCGGAUCAUGAGAAGAAUGAUUUUGACAUGGAGACCGAGGAACAUGACAUGGCUGAUCCUAAUACAAUGAAAUCAUUUGCUAAGGAAAGCGAAUUUGCUGAUUUACAUGAGUGCUUGAAAAACUUGCUUCUUGACGUGCUUCAUAAGUUUACCGUUACUUUAGCGGAACACAUCGUCAAUAGCGAAAGCAGUGGGAGUGAUUUCCGGAAUAACUGGUACUUGUACGUUACUGGACGUUUCAAAAAUGUAUUUCUAAAGCAUUGGAAGGACCUAUUUGAAUUUCGGGAGGCACUGGAGAAAGAGCUUUUUAAGGAAUUCGCUAUUGAUAACAAUGUGAUGGAAAAUUAUAAUCAGUUCAAAGCACUCAUGGCGUAA